AUGUGUGACAGGAAGCAGGAGGGCCCUGGUGCCAGGGAGCCAGGCCUCCAGCCCUGCCCAUCAGCCAGGCGGGGACAGAGCAGCCCUUGGGGGCGAAGCUGCUGCCGGCUAAGAGCCCCGCAGAGGUGCUCAUGCCCGCUGCCAUUGGCUCUGUCCCCUGCAGCAUGCGUGCUGUGUCGCCGUGCAGAGGCUGACCCGGACAUCUGUGGUGACAAACUGGAGAAGUGUGGGCUCUGUGCCCACGUGUUCUGCAUGUUUUUCUCCACUCUUCUAUUUCGACAAGAGAACCAUCGUGUGGGACUCAUGGGCUUUCUCCCGCGAGACAUCCAAAUUGCCGUCUCGCGGGCGGCACACAAGCACUGCUGCGUCUGCGGACAGAGCGGGGCAACCAUCAUGUGCUGCAAGGAGGACUGCGGGAGAUGGUUCCACCUGCCCUGUGCCAAGGAGGGCGGCUGUGUCAAUCAAUACAUUACUCCAUACAGCUCCUUCUGCCCUGAGCACCGUCCAGAGCAGGAUGUGGAGGUGACUCCAGAGCCGGGCACCGAUUGCCUCAUCUGCAUGGAGCCUGUGGAGGAUAGAAAGACCUUCACAACCCUGGUGUGCCCAACGUGCAGAAGGGCCUGGUUCCACAGGGACUGCAUCCAGGGACAGGCCAUGCACGCUGGCCUCUUAUGCCUCCAGUGCCCCCUGUGCAGAGAAGGCCAGGAAUUCAUUGUUGAAAUGCUCGUCUUGGGGAUCCGAAUUCCCAUCAGGUGUGUGUCCUUCUGCCUGGCUCACGAGACAGGAGGGUGCAAGUGCUGUGCUGUGCCAGCCUCCAGGGAUGAGCCGGAGCCCAGUGGCCCCAGUCUGGCCAGACAGUCAGGACUGGAAUCUGCUCACGGCUCCUCAGAAUCUGAGGCCAUCAGGCCCAGCUCCCGCACCCCGGUGGCACCGGAGCUGGCUUUCCCGUCGCCAUCUCCAGAGACAAGCAGCCACAGCAGCCACCAACACACAGCAGGAAGGAAGCAAUCGCUGCCAUCUUCCUUGCUGGACACCAGCAGCCCCAGCACAUCAGGGCCUACAUACAGCAGCUCCCCAGACCCUGAGGACAGGGUCCCUUCCAGACGUGCUGGGCCCGGCCGCAGGCGAAGCAGCUCUCGCCAGCAAGGCAAGGCCGUGCCCCCCAGCAAGGUCCGGCCCAGAGUCCCCCUGUCUGGUCCUGGAGUCGCCAUGACAGGAGCAGCAUGA